AUGCAAUCACAACGUUUCGACCUCGAAACUGAAACAACUCCACUACUUCCUCAAAGUACUACAUUAGAUAAUGAAAAUCAAGUAGAAAACGUUGAGGUAUCAAUCAAUGAAGAAGAAGAAGAAGAAGACAGUGAAUCAGACUGCACGCAUGAUUUUCCAAGCAUACGAAGUGUUGAAGCUGAUGGCUCAGAAGAGGAAGUUGAUGAGAAUGAAAAUGAGAUUAGUUUUACCACUGGUGGUAUUGCUAGGAAGUCAAGUACUAAUGAGCCAUUUUUCCCAUCUGGUGCUCAUUUAAAGUCAUAUAUUCAAAGAUACAAAGAAUGUAUUAAGAGAUUAGGUCUAGAGAAUAAGAUCUACAAGGGUCGUCCCAAAUUGAAUACUAAGUAUUUCAAUUGGUGUAUUAAUGAAGGAUUUACUCAAUGUUCAGGACCAGUAGAAGAUGAAAAUCAUAAUUUAAUAUGUUGUAAAGAUUUACCAAGAAAUAAAAUAGUUCAAGAAGAUGUUAAUGCUGAGAAAAUAUGGGUUUUAAGUGCUGGUCCAAAGCGAUUAGUUGAAAAUGUUAGAUUAUGGAGUUCGGAAUAUGGUUUGAAAUUUCAUGAGGAAGCUUUUUAUGCGUAA